GCCAUUUAUAAUUGUUUUCUUAAUUUUAUUUCCAGAUUGCCAUGGGCAUCUUCCAAGUGGGCUUUAUAUCCGUGUACUUGUCUGAUUCCUUACUUAGUGGAUUUGCCACUGGAGCAUCAUUCACCAUACUUACGUCACAAGUAAAAUACCUUCUUGGGAUCAGCAUUCCACGUGCCCAUGGUCCUGGUUCACUUGUGCAAACCUGGGUGUACAUUUUUAAAAAUAUCCAUAGAACUAAUGUCUGUGAUGUCAUAACCAGUGCAUUAUGCCUUCUUGUUCUAGUGCCUUUAAAAGAAAUAAAUGAAUGUUAUAAAUCAAAGUUAAAAGCACCAAUUCCAGGUGAGCUCCUGGUUGUAGUUAUUGCUACCUUGGUGUCUCAUUAUGGGCGUUUGAAUGAGAAGUUUAAUUCAACUAUUGCUGGAAACAUUCCCACUGGAUUCAUGGUUCCCACCUCUCCAGACUGGAGCUUGAUACCUCGAAUCGCUGCAGAUGCCCUUCCAAUUGCUAUCAUUGGUUUUGCAAUUACUGUUUCUCUUUCAGAAAUGUUUGCCAAGAAGCAUGGGUAUACUGUUAGAGCCAAUCAAGAAAUGUUUGCUAUUGGCACCUGUAACAUUAUUCCAGCAUUUUUUCAUUGUUUCACAACCAGUGCUGCCCUGGCAAAAACUCUUGUGAAAGAGUCCACCGGUUGCAAGACACAAUUAUCAAGUAUAGUGACUGCUUUAGUGCUUCUCCUUGUGCUACUUGUGAUUGCACCUCUUUUCUACUCCCUUCAGAAAUGUGUCUUGGGUGUCAUAACUAUUGUAAAUCUUCGGGGUGCUUUAAGAAAAUUCAUUGACUUGCCCAGAAUGUGGAAAGUGAACAAGGUGGACACUGUCAUAUGGUUUGUCACAAUGCUAUCAUCAGCCUUAAUCAGCACAGAAAUAGGACUGUUGAUUGGGGUUAGCUUUUCUGUGAUCUGUGUCAUUGUGCGAACACAAGUACCAAGAGCCACUACACUUGGCCGCCUGGAGGGAACAGACAUUUAUGAAGACUUAGAACGAUAUAAAAAUCUUCAAAAUUUGACUGGUAUCAAAAUAUUUAGAUUUGAGGCUCCAUUGUACUAUGCAAACAAAGAAUUCUUCAAGAGGUCCCUGUACAAACGCACUGGAGUUGACCCCACUCUAAUAAUUGUCGCAAAGAAGAAAGCAGAAAGGAAAGUAAGUCGGGAAUUGGCGCAUAAAGUGACAGAAAAUUCUGGUAUUUCCAUCAAGACCGAAGUCACAGUGCAACUUUCCAAGCAAGAGUUUGAAUUCCAUACAAUUAUUAUUGAUUGCUCAGUUAUUCAGUUCUUGGAUACUGCAGGUAUAGCUACAGUGAAGGAAGUCUUUAAAGAUUAUAAACAAAUUGGAAUCUCAAUUCUCCUGUCAAAUUGUAAUGCCUGUGUUAUUGAUAGCCUUCGCAAAGGAGGCUAUUUCGAAAAUGGUAACAUCCACAGUUUGGUAUUUUACAGUGUUCAUGAUGCUGUCAUGUUUGCAUCAAACGUACACCAAAAGAAUGGUGACUGGGAAGCAAACACCUUCUGUUAAUGUUUGACUAUGACCAAAUACAAGAAAGCUGGUCUUCAUUGUUAGCUUGAGAAACGUGAAUAACUUGAGAACACUGAAAUAAUUUCUCCAUUUUAACUUAACUAAAUUACUUUAUUUCAUCUAUAGAUUGUUUUAACACAUGUUUCUGUAUAUUUCUAAUCAUGUUGCAAUAUUAUGAGAUGGAUUAGGACCUGUAGAGUUUUUUAAGCAAUAAUAUUUGAUAAAUCUUUUAAAAUGUUUUUGAAAGGAGAGAGAGGCUCCUGCUUAAAUAUGUAAUGCAGAGGAAGUUAAUUUUUCAAUAGGUUGUUAUAGAUUUAAAAAUAAAUGUGUAGACUCAGUUGCGAAAUUACUCUUGCAAAAUGUAUCUGAAAAAAUUCUUCUAGCAGUAAUUAAUAGAUCUAUGUUUUUUAGCUGGUUAAAGGUAGAAUACUGAUUUUAAAAUGUAUUUCAUUUUAUAACUCAGAGCUUUUUGCCUUCAUCAUACCUGAAGUGUUUUACUCAAAAAAGCCAGAUUUAUCUGGUUUAAUUUUACAUUGUUUAUAGGGUAACUCAGUUUUACUUUCAUUUUAAAUGAAGGUUUUGUGCAGUAACAAAUAUAAUAUCACUACUUACCAUGCAAUAACUAGCAAAUAGGGUCAAGCGCCCUAAGACAAAGAAAAUAUGUUUCUGUGCUGGCAUAGAUCAAAAACAGCUGUUCUGAAAGUGAAUAACUUUUUUUAAAGAUAUGAAUUUGUAAAUUAUUGCAAACUUUUCCUCUGUGUUUCUUCCUGUUCUGUUCUGUUUCCCUCUCAAUAGAUGUUGUGUCUUGAUGAAAUAUCUUUCUCUCACCCUUGCAGCCAUUUCUUUUCUUUUGGUAUUGACUAUGGAACUGAGCAAAACCUGAGCCUGACCAUGCCCCAAUUGUUGGUUGUACAGACAUUCUGCCAUAAAGGAAUCAAAUGAAAGAAGCCUAACUGCUUUGACAUUACCUUCCUCCCUACCUAGAAAUAAUAAGGCCAAAUUAUCUGUGUCUGUUGAGAUCCUAUAUUUUGGCUUAACUGACCAGAAAUUACAUGUUACACUUUUUCUGAUCUGAAUGAUGCUUUAGCCACUUAAAGAAGUAUUAAUGAUGGAAUGAAGACGCCAGUGAUAUGUUUUGUAUUAUGAAAACAUAAAUCAAGAAGAACCUUUUUUGAUUUGGAAACCUAUUGUGUAGGUUAAAAUUUAAGAACAGUAGCAAAUUUAUUCUAUAGAGAUAAAAACACCACCAAAAUACCUAUGAUCAGUUUAAUCCUUUAGUACUGUCAUCUUGCUCUCCAGAUUAACUUGAAGGGCUGGUCAUUCAAUAACAUCAGAAACUAUGCUUAUUAUGUGAGCACAUGUUUUAUGUAAGCACAUACAUUUUGCUUGUCCUGACAUUAUU